CAGCUGAUUGUCAGUCGUGGUAUUUUUUGUUUGGUGUCAAGCGAAGUCAAAAUUGUUAUCAUUUCAGUAAGGUUUUCAAGCAUUGAAAAAGUUGUAUCUUGUUUUAACAUUAACGGAUAUGUAUAUUUACUCUUUAUAUUUAUAGAGAAACGUUCAUUUUUAUUGUAAAGUAAUUCAUCAAAAGAUCAAGCGAAAUGUCUGGGAAGAAAUGUAAGCACUGUGGGUCCUCGGACAUCGAAGUGGACCCAGCCCGAGGAGACGCGGUGUGCACAAACUGUGGGUCUGUGCUGGAGGACAAUAUCAUUGUUGCUGAAAUCGAGUUUCAAGAAAAUGCCCAUGGCGGGGCUUCCACCAUCGGACAGUUCGUGUCUGCUGAGACUAAAGGAGGAGCUACCGGUUUUGGCAGAGCCUUCAAUGCGGGUAUUGGGCAAGAAUCCAGAGAGGUGACAUUAAGAAAAGCCCGAGAAGGCAUCACAGCCCUCUGCCAACAGUUGCGACUUAACCAACAAUGCAUAGAUAUUGCGUGCAACUUCUACAAGAUGGCUCUGUCUCGACAUCUCACCAUUGGAAGACCGUCCAGCCACACACAAGCAGCUUGCGUUUAUAUGACAUGCAGGACAGAAGGCACAGCCCAUCUGUUGAUUGAUGUAAGCGACGCUGUUCCCAUCUGCUGCUAUCAAGUUGGACGCACAUACUUCAAGUUGUCGAGAGCACUAUGCAUCAACAUACCUCCUACCGAUCCCUGUUUGUACAUUCUGCGGUUCUCAUCACAAUUGCAGUUUGGAGAGAAAUCUCACGAAGUCAGUAUGACAGCGCUGCGAUUGGUACAACGAAUGAAAAGGGAUUCUAUACACUCAGGACGCAGACCGUCUGGCAUUUGCGGAGCUGCUCUGCUUAUAGCAGCAAGGUUACACGAAUUCAACCGCACACCAGCCGAUGUCGUGAGAAUCGUGAAAGUCCACGAGUCGACACUACGGAAACGACUUCUCGAGUUUGGAGACACACCGUCCAGUGCCCUGACGCUUGAGGAGUUCAUGACCGUGGACUUGGAGGAGGAACAGGAUCCUCCGGCCUUCAGAGCAGCUAGGAAGAGGGAUAAAGAAAGGUUACAGAAGUUAAUGGACGAGGAAGAUGGUGAGAAAGAACUGACAGAACUACAGAAAGAGAUAGAACACCAACUAGAAAAAGACGGCAACAAAAGAAAAAAAGUAGCCGCUGUGAUUGGCAAUUCCACAAAUGUUUUGGGCAUUGAUGAAACAACAUCGGAAGAUGUAGAAGCGUCCAGGUUUGCGGCUGAAGAUGCACUGGACCUCAUAGGAGAGCUCGCUAGUGACGUCACCACCAAGGAGGAUGGAGUUGUCACUAAGAGUGAAAAGAUGAAGCAGGAGAAAGGACUUGGGCCAGACUUAGCCGUAAUAGGCUUAGCAGGAUCGAGUCAAGAGGACAAAUCUGACAAAUUCCUUCGGCCGGAGCCGAAACAAACGGCUAAGGAUCUUCACAAUGCUGAGGAGCUGGUGUUGGACCAGAAAGACGAGGAGUACAUCAGUUCUCUGAUCAUGUCGGACGAGGAAAUGAAACAUAAAGCCUUACUUUGGAACAAAAUCAACGCCGGCUAUUUGAAGGAACAGAAAAUUAAAGAAGAAUUGCGGGCGAAGGAACGAGAAGAAAAUAAGGAUAAAAAGAAGAAACUACGGGGGUCCUACAAGAAGAGGACGCCGUGUAACGCUGCGACCGCGGGAGAAGCUAUUGAGAAAAUGAUAGCUGAGAAGAAAAUUAGUUCUAAGAUAAAUUAUGAUAUUCUGAAAAGCUUGGACCAUCCCGGUACGCCUGUACCUCCCACGCCUAAAGGAGCUACUGUUGAUAGCAAACCCGCAACGCCAGCGGUGGUGCCGGAAUCUCCCGUGCAGCGCAAGCGCAAGAGGAAGAUACAGCCGAACCUCUCCCCUCGCACCCCCGCCACUCCUGCCCCACCUACGCCGCAACCUGUUGUUGAUAUCGCAGAGGAUUACGAUGACGAGAUGGAGCCGGAUCCAGUGGACGUCGGCGGCGAGCUCUCUCUAGCGGCCAUGUUGCAAAACGGUCGGGCAAUGUGUUAA